GUUGUUAGAGGCUGUGAAGAAUUUCCGGAAGAAAGAGAUGUUGGCUCAUGAAGAAGCUGCUGAAGUAGAAGAAAGUUCCACUAUGGCACCUGUUGGUCGCAAUAACGAGUUUAAGGAGCUGCCCCCUGGGCCCCUGUACCCCUGUGAAGCUGCCACAGCCCCUGAGAACAAGGAUAAGAACCGAUACAAGAAGGUUUUGCCGUAUGACAAUAGCCGCGUGGUUUUACCUGCAAGUCCCUCGGGGUCUGACUACAUCAACGCUUCCUACAUAAACGGAUACAAGUAUCCAAAGUACUUUAUAGCUACCCAAGGCCCAUUACCUGACACUCUGGAUGAUUUCUGGCGCAUGGUGUGGGAGGAGAACAGUCCGGUUAUUGUCAUGCUGACGAGUCUGGAAGAGCAAAACAAGGUAAAAUGUGAGCGUUACUGGCCAGAAGUAAGCGAGACCUACCGUGAUAUCACUGUGACGUUGAACGGAAUAGCCCAGACUGGCGCCAUAAUCUCCCGCAGCUUCAUCCUUAUGAAGACUGGGACAUCUGUUCAGAAGACAGUGGAACAACUUCAUUACCUGCAUUGGCCGGAUCAUGGGGUGCCCAAAACAUCCAAUGGCCUCUUGCUGCUGCUGGAACAGAUGAACCAGUUUAAGGUGCCGGGCUCCGGACCAGUUAUUGUGCACUGCAGUGCUGGGAUUGGUCGAACAGGAACAUUUAUAGCCCUGGACAUUCUCCUAAAGAUGGCAGAUUCUGUAAAGAAGGUUAAUGUGUAUGACUGUGUUCUCCAGUUACGGAAGAAACGCGUGAACAUGGUGCAGAACAAGGAGCAGUAUGUUUUCCUGUAUGACAUCCUACUGGAAACUUUAGUUUGUGGAAUGACCAGUGUCCAUGUGCCGGACAUACAGACGCAUAUUAAGCACCUGGCUAUAAAGGACCAUUCAUCACACAGCGAUGGUUAUACGGAAGAAUUCAAGAACGUGGAGAAACUAGAAGGAUUGUUCAGUAUCUACUCAUGUAAAGAGGGACAGAAACCUGAAAACCAAUUCAAGAACCGGAACAUAAUGAUUCUUCCAGAUGACCGCUGCCGUCCCAUCUUGAUGUCUAUGAUGGACUCACAGGGCAGCCCCGGAUAUAUCAACGCUGUGUUUGUAAAUUCCAACUGCCGGCAGGACAUAUUUAUUGUCACACAGAUGCCUUUGAAGGACACUUUGGCAGAUUUCUGGUCCCUGAUCUGGGAUUACAAAUGUACUUCUGUAGUGAUGAUGCACGGAGAACAGGACCUAGCAAAGAUUGGUCCCAAGUUUUGGCCAGAAAAAGGAGAAACUCGUUAUCAAUGGUUUUCUGUUAAGAAAAUCUCAAAGGUAAAAGACGCUGGUUACACCAGAACAACACUGCAAUUAAAGAACACGAAGGAGUCACUUCAGAGCAGUCUACAGGUGACGUUACUGACAUUGAACUGCUGGCCCAAUGAAUGUCCUGUCCCCAAGAACCCUACAGCUUUAAUCAGUCUGAUCGGUGAAACUGAAAAUUGUCAGCAGCAGGCGUCAGAGAACCACAUACUGGUCACAUGCAGUGACGGUGCGAGCCGGUCUGGGCUGUUCUGUGCUGGCAGCAUCAUAUGUGACCAGAUACGCAGUGAUGGCUAUUUAGAUGUAUCACAGGCUGUAAGGAACCUCAAGAAAAGACGCAACAAACUAAUUCCAAAUACAGAGCAGUACUCAUUCUGCUAUACGCUCGCUCACAGCUAUCUGGAUUCAUUUGAAACCUACGGAAACUUUAAAUAACGUCAGAGUCCGGCGCAGUAACAAUGUAUGUUGUAUUGUUUCUUCACAAAACCAGCGGUGAUGGACAUCGGCAUCUGUGUAAAGGGGAUAAAUAAAUCUGUCUCUUCUGUCCCUGCCUGUGUCUUACAAAUACUGCAGCCAUAGGCAUGCUGCAUCACUUUCAAGUGUUUAAACAUUUGGGUAUUAUGGCCCUUGAAGUUAAAAAAACAAAACAACGUAAAAGUAAAAAUAAGUUGUUGUUUUUUGGAUAUAUUGGGGCUUAUUUAUCAACACUGGGGACUGUAAGUGAAAAUUAUAUUGAUAGUUUGAAGCGUAUAAAUAAUUUUUCUCCAGUUUUAUUGGCAAUGUGUGUAGUGUGUGUAAAAGGGAUAUAAUACCCAUAGGCAAAUCACUUGAAAAUGAUGCUGUAUAAAGCUGACAGGAAAAUAUCACCUGAAAAUCUCUAUGUAAAAAAGGAAAAUAUUUUACCUCAAAAUGUGUUUAGCUCAUAGAGUAAGUGUUGUGUGAACAGUAAUACAUCAGCUGCUGACCAGCUGUAAGUUGAAAAAAAAUAGCCAAUCAGCAUUAGCAGUGCUGAAGUCAUGUUUUGCAUUGCUGUGAUAUUUCAUAGUAAACUUCCUUAAACUGAAUAAAAAAAUAAAAUGACUGUGCCUGCACAUGUCUGAUGCACACUCCCUUGCAAGUCUUGGGACUAGUAUCCUGAUUGGCUGCUUAGUCUCUUUACAAUGGGGUGUGACUAUGGACAUUAUGAGGUAAAAUAUCUUUCUUUUUUACAUAGAGAUGCUCAGGUGAUAUUUUUGAGUCAUCUUUUUACAGCUAUGCUACAUCACUUUCAUGUGCUUCAACAUUUGGGUAUAAUGUCCCUUUAAAGAUAAACUAGCUUCUGCAUUGAAGUUGCUGUUGUCUCACUGGUAAAGUAAGCGGUAACAUUGUAAAAAGAUAUAAAUUGAACUGAUGUAAAUUAGUAUCGUUUUCCAAUUACAAAUGAUAAACUCACUGCUACUUUUAUAUCACACCUUUAUAACCUCACAUAAAAUAGUGUCAUUUUCUUCUUGACAGAAACAGCUCAUAAACCAGAUGUUAAAGCUGCAUUCUUUACUGCUUUAAAGCCGAAAUACAUUUUAUUUCAAUAACGCGUUUCACCUAUGUUUAAAUAAUGAGAGAAGUGAAGCACAAUCGAUAGCGCAGGGUCUAUUUCAAUGUAUAAAUUAAAUAUUUAACUUCACUGAAUAUUGCCAUCAAAAUCAGAUGAUAUUAAUAAAAACGCUUUAUGCUCAUAUACAUCAUAUAUUAUUUUACAAGAUGAUUUAUAUGUAAUUGUGAAAUGAAAGGAAGAGAGGCCUUAUUACUUGUACACAUAGUGCAUUUUAAAUACAGGAUAAUUAAGCCAUAUUUAAAAGGGGCAUCACUGAUAUCUUUAAAUUGCUGCAUCUAAAGGGCAUUUUAUACAUUAAGGUUUAUUCAUUUUGCAAGUUAAGUUUUCCUGUCUUGUAUAAAGCUGUGUUUGUGUUUAUGAGUGUGCAAGUUUGUCUCUGUGUAGGGCGGUAAAGAGCAGCACUUAUCCGUUAUUGAGAAAUACAGUAUAUCGCUAGGGGUCAGUUGCGCACAAACAUUUAUUUCCACAAUUAAGUAGAACUUGCUAAGUCGCUUCUUCUUCAUGAUAGAAAACAUAUGAGUUUAAGUAUUUCAGAUCACAUCAGAGCUUUACAAUGCAGAAUCUGCCUAAAAGCAGACCACAAGUAAGAAUGUGAGUCAUUGUGCACCUCAUUUGCAUGUCUUACCCAGAAUCCUUUGCUGCAUUGGAAACAAUGUAUCUAAAGGUCUUCUGUGGGAAAAAACAAGCCUUCUGAUUUAUCUAGAUUUGUUAAUGGGCUACACAAUGAGCUAUUCUCUCUCUAUAGAAUGUGUGAAAUAUUUUAUUUUACAUGUGUUUUAUUUUACAUUUGUCUGCAUAUAUUUAAAGGGACAGUCUAGUCAAAAUUAAACUUUCAUGAUUAAGAUAGGGCAUGCAAUUUUAAACAACUUUCCAAUUUACUUCUAUUAUCUAAAUUGCUCAAUUCUUUAGAUAUUCUUUGUUGAAGCAAUGCACAUGAGUGAGCCAAUCACACAAGGCCUCUAUGUGCAGCAACCAAUCAGCAGCUACUGAGCAUAUCUAGAUAUGCUUUUCAGCAAGUGAUAUCAAGAGAAUGAAGCAAAUUAGAAAGUUGUUUAAAAUGACAUGCUCUUUCUAAAUCACGAAAGAAAAAAAUUGGGUUUCAUGUCCCUUUAAGCCUUAACACUUCAGGUCUCCUAAAGCACUACAUUUUCCAGCUCCUUUAUGUGCUAGCGGGCUACACGUAACUCACCACUUGUAAUAUGAUUGAUAAUAUCGCACCUUGCACUGUUUAUUAAAAGUAUAGAGUGUGCUAUAAUAUGUCUGCCGCGCUAAGAUUCUCUGGUAAAUUUUAGUGCCACAAUAUGGAUAGAGAACCCUUCGCUAUAGAUAUCACUCCACUUGUAAUCUGGGCCGAAAUGUUUAAAAAUAAGAAAAAAAAUAAGUCCAAAUCUAGCUAAAAUGAGCUUUAUUAGACUUCUGGCGCAAUGUGCCACAUUUAGUAGUAAGACAAAGGCUAAUAAAUUUAUACGUAAUGCGUCCAACAGACUCAGAGGUAUUUAGUUCCACAUGUCAGUAAACAAUAAACCUUCAUUUUACUUAUAUAUAAUCUUAUUCUUUAUUGUGAUUUGUUCUUUAUGCUGAAUUUCCAUUUGUCAUUAUUUGCCUGAAUAUAAAUUGUACAACUAAAUAAAUACUUUAUUGAA